AUGGAGGAUCUGAGGGCUUUUCUCUGCGACCCAGGAGGACGAGGGGGAACUAUCAUGAGUUGGUUAUGUACAAGGAGAUGCGAUGGAGGAUCUGAGGACUUUGCGCGGCGACUCAGGAGGACGAGGACGGUGGUGCUGAAUUGCGCCAACAUUGGCUGCGUCUAUGCGGCGAACCGGCGGCGCAGGGACGGAGAACUUGCCGGCAAGAUGCAGGGUAGUUACAACAAUUUCGAAUGGGAGGGCGUGCGGAAGGCCAUGGAGUACUAUUGGGACCGCGGCGUGACACCCCAGGGGGUGUGCAAGCACAGGACGGCGCAGCUCUCGCCCGUGCCCCUGGACUUGCGGGAUCACGUGAGUUUGUGCCCGGUGGUCGACAACCAGGCUGGCAUCGACGACUUGUUCACGAUCAGGGUCGCCAUGAAGUACGGCUGCCAGCUGGUGGACAACGACAACUACAGGGACUGGAAGGCCGGCGUCCACGAGGACGUGCGGCAGUGGCUGUCCUCCGAGGGCGCCGGCGCGUCGCUCAAGGUCACGUAUAUCUUCGACUUGAACGGCAGGUUCUUGCCGUCGCUCGAGCCGCCCGAGUGA